CCCUGUCCCGAUCGCCUCCUCCACGUUCUCUCUGCGAGCUCCGACGAGAAUCUUUUCUUCCCGAUCGUCGUCAUCGACUGGAGGCAUAGAUUUGUGGACGGUGGUGGAUUUUCUUCGAGGCGGAUCUCCUUCCUCCUCCCUCGAAAUCUUCUGCCACAAGGUCCAUUGCGGCUUCUUCCUUUUGUUCGAUUAGGCUAUUGGGAUUUAGGAGCAUGUACCAAUGGGAUGGAACAUUGUCUCCAAGUGAGUUUGAUAUUUCUGUUGCUGAUCUUUGUGAGAGAUGGAGAGAAGUUGGCACUUCUCUUCCUCAAUGGGUUUGGCUACCUGAUCGUGCACUAGGUGCUUUGUCAUGCAAUGUGGCAGCAGGAUACCUAGCAAUCGAAAAUAUUUAUCAUCAAAAUGCAAGUGAGGAAGGAAGUUUCGAGGAAAGCAUAUCCAGGGACGAAGAGCCUUUUGAUGAGGCUACCUUGGUUCCAAGUAACAAAAAUGACAUGCAUAUCUAUGAUUACCACAUACUCUACAGCUUCACUUUCAGGGUUCCUGUUCUUUAUUUCCGUGGAUAUCAAUCUGAUGGUUGUCCUUUGAAGUUAGUUGACAUCGAGAAAGACCUGCCUGCUUACUCUCUCAAACUACUUAGGGAAUCAAAAUGGGCAUUCAUCACCCAGGAGACAUCAGGAUCAUCCUUACCUCCAUCGACCAUGGUAUACUUUACAUCCCUGUGGUACAGGUGAUUGGAUGAAGUUUUUGCUUUGCAGUGAUGCUCCAAAUAAGAUCCCUCCUCUUCAUGGCUAUUUAUCUGCGUGGCUAUCAGUCAUAGGUCAGGUUGUUGGGUUGAGAAUUCCUAUUGGGUUAUUUAAAUCAGUGUAGAUGGUCUAUGGCUAUGACUGACAAAAACUUUGUAAUUUCACAAAAGCUUAUUAAUGCUAAAUUUUCACA